GUGCAGUGAAUGUGUAUUGCUUGCUUGUAGAACCAAGCAAGUUCUAGCUAGGACCGUGGCUACGGUCAUGGUAUAUAUCUAUAUAGGUGGACCAAUCAACAGUGUCCCGCUGUCCCGUGGCCCCGUGUUCCGGGACCCCGGCCCCCUUGGCCAAGUCCCGGAGUCCCGUGUCCUCAUGGCUCGGGACCCUGGGACACCCCUGAUUGGCUGGAACCAAACUGGGUGUGCCCCACUGCCGUGCAUUUCCUCAGGGAUUCGUAACACGGCCUGCUUGACUGAAUGGCCAUGCAAAUUAGUUACCACUUCGUUCCCCUCGACAACGUAUUGCAUGGCGCUUCCGAAGCACGACAUACAUCUAGCAGCCCUUGCUUGUAUGUUUGCCGGCUCAGCCAAGCAGGCUUGAGUCAUACGUACGCUCCCCGACAAUGAGCAGGUGGAUUGUGUCCUGCCUGUAAUAAAAGUGGAUCCGGAAUAGGGGGGAGAAAACGGAGGUCUGUAUCCAAAGACUCACGACGUAGAAUUGGUGCUCUCACUCCUUUUUAAUGUCGGGG